AUGGAAGAGGAUGGGUUAGGAAAAAAAAGACAAGAAAACGAAAGGAGAAGAAAAAGACAAGAACUGAAAGGGGAAGAAAAAGACAAGAAAACGAAAGAAGAAGAAAAAGACAAGAAAACGAAAGGGGAAGAAAAAGACAAGAAAACGAAAGGAGAAGAAAAAGACAAGAAAACGAAAGGGGAAGAAAAAGACAAGAACCGAAAGGAGAAGAAAAAGACAAGAAAACGAAAGGAAAGAAAAAGACAAGAAAACGAAAAGGGAAGAAAAAGACAAGAAAAUGAAAGAGGAAGAAAAAGACAAGAAAACGAAAGGAGAAGAAAAAGACAAGAAAACGAAAGGGGAAGAAAAAGACAAGAAACGAAAGGGGAAGAAAAAGACAAGAAAACGAAAGGGGAAGAAAAAGACAAGAAAAUGAAAGGAGAAGAAAAAGACAAGAACCGAAAGGGGAAGAAAAAGACAAGAAAAUGA